AUGAUGUUAACAAAUAGAACAAUUUAUUUAUUAAAUAUUUCUAUAAAAAGAUUUUCUAAUUAUUCAUUAAUUCGAUCUGCAUCAUGGAAUACCAAUAAUAAACUUCAUGAAGUUGGCCUAUUUACAACUGUAAAACAAGAAGGCAAUUAUCAAACAGGUCAGGUAUGUCAUAUAGUUGAUGGAUGGAUAGAUGUCAAAUAUACAUUAGAACAUGCCUAUGCGUAUAUUAAAGGACACUUGUCAUCAGUGACAAUUCUUUCUGUACAACAAAUAAUACAACAAAUUUUCGAUGUAUACAAUAGAAACAAAGAAAAAUAA